CUUCUCAGAACGUGUCAAAAGUGUCUUUGUCUAUACAAAAUGAAGGCCACGAGGAGGGAGUUUAACGGCGAAGUAGCCUAUACAACUACUGUCUCGGGUUCAGAGGUGUAUGGAUGGAGAGCAGGUAGCAUGACAGAGUAUACAGGAAACGGGAGGCGCAGAACAAGACGAGCAGCAGAAGGAAGGGGAGGCAGACAGGUGAACUGGCUAGGCAGGCAGUAGUCUUGCAGACGGCAGAGCGGCCACACGGGCCCCACCCCGUCUUACAUCACUCACUGGGUACCUCACGUAUACCACUGAUCGUCCCUUUUUCCUUGCUAUCGGAAUCAGAUUUUCCUCAUACCUAUAUAUCUGUUAGGUUUCCUACCUAAUGUAAUGUACUUUAAUUAAAAAUAUGUGCGCAUCAUCUAAAACAAAUGUACCGCAUUGGGAGACACGCAGAGAACACAGACACGCACAAACACGGAACAUUCUGGCGAGCGCUCUACCAUCGCCUUAGGCGGAUCGAAGAUCUACUGAGGAACGUCUUCGCGUGAUAGUCACGCACGGAAGGUUACCUCGUAAACAAGAGGUCAUGCACAAGUUCCUAUUGUGCCAUGCGUGCUGAGAGUCACGCUGCGGCGAUGGUACAGUGGGCAUAAGGAUGUAGCAGGUACAAGAGAGGUGUCGUGUGUAUCUGGAGGUUCUAUUGCUUCGUGAGGCCACCUGUGUAGAGAAAGAAGGAAAAAAAACUUGACCAGAAGUGGUUAUGCAGAUAUCAAUGCUGGAUAUCCAUUUUUUUUAACGAAGAGCCGUUGGUGAAAUCUCCUAAACAAAGUGGCAAUUGAACGAUUGCAUUUAAGUAGAUACAAGUGACAGACAGUCUCUAAUAAUCACAGUGAAGUGAAACAGAAAUAGAAUACGAGAGUUCGUUACAGCGAGAAAGGAAAGCAACGAUGAGCGGCGGAAUCAGCAUGGCGGGAAUUCCUGCCUUGUACCACCAACCUCCUGCGGCUCUCAACAAGACCGUUGCCAUGAAGACGGUCGACACUAGGCCCUUUGAACAGAGUUUAUCCAUGGUGCCACCGACGCUGAGCCGCUCCUACCCCACCGAGAGCCGCGUGUUGGACUCCGUCAGAUUCCCGAACAUCUUCACGUCAGCCACUGCGACCAUGAAAACCCGUUACACGCCCGCAGACUGGUCACAGAGUAAUCUGAAUCAUUAUAGUGAUGCAGACAGCACCCGCGGCGUUUCGGAGAGGGUGCGGGAUGAUGCGGUGCGGCUUGUUGGGUACACGUACGACCGAACCAACAUCGCUCAGCGCGAGAGCUCUCAGCGCCUUGGGGAACGCGUUAGCGAUAUCACCUUCUGGAGGAGCGAACUCAUGCAAGAGUUGGACCGAAUGCUGGCAGAGACCAAUCGCCUUAAUGAUUCCCGAAGGGCCCUUGAACAUGCUCUGAGGGACACGGAAAACCCGAUGCACGUGACCAAGGAAUGCCUUUACUUCAGGGAAAAUCGCCAGGGAAUUGACCUGGUGCGAGAUCAGCCGGAGGAAUCGCUUCUGAGGGAAGUGGACACCAUUAAGGACUGCCAAGCCAGGAUGAAGAACCUCCUGGAUCGUGUCAAUCUCCAGCUAAGUCGGAACAGGGCAGCCCGACAGGAUUUAGAGCAUGACACCAUGAACAAGAAUCAUGCACUUACCAUCGACCAUACCCAGCAUAGCCUCCACAACCACUCUGCGGGUAUUACUUAUUACCCAGGGAUAGAGAGGGUGGACAACACUGUGAGCGUUCCGGACACAUGGGCUGAGUUCAGCAACAGGAACAUCCAGCAAAGUCAGAGUGAGAGGAACAGCUCGCAGCGACUUCGUCAGGAGGUGGAGGCCCUGAUAGCAGCCACGCACCAGGAUAUGUGGACUGCUUGGAGCACCUCCAACACCACGCUCACACAACGCCUCGGGGAGAGCAACGACACCAGGAACAAGCUCCUCGCUCACAGGGACAGGGUGCAGCGAGAGAUGAACGACCUGGAGCGCCAUAUCGACAUGCUGAAGAAGGCCAUCCUGGACAAGUCGUGCCCGUUGAAAGUGGUGCACACGAGGCUGGAGGGCCGCACGCACCGCCCUGAGAUGGAGCUGUGCAGAGACCCGCCGCAGCACAGGAUGGUGCGCGAAGUGCAAGAGUUGAGCGAGAGCGUGGAGGCCCUUCGCCACAAGCUCUCUGAUGCGGAGAACUCCCUUCACCGCCUCGCCCAGAUGCGCGCUCGCCUGGACCACGACCUCGGCGUCAAGACCAACUCUGUCUACAUUGACCGCGACAAGUGCCUUGCCAUGAGGAAGAGCUUUCCGCUCUCGCAGCCUCAUCUCGUGGAUUUCACGCUUUAUUAGCGUGGCGAUGAGCAUUCUGGAGAAAAUUGUUUAGCCAUCUUGGUCUGACGCCAUUCAGCUUUAUCAACAUUUGAGCUGAGAUUAAGACGAAAAUCAGUCUGUGAUUUGAUGCAACAAUUUUCAUGGAACAAAAAAUAAAUUUCUCUUUGUGUGUGUAAACACACA